AUGACCAUUCCUGAGUUCGACUACAUCAUCGUUGGAGGAGGACUGACUGGCUGCGUUGUUGCCUCUCGACUCAAGCAGCACGACCCUUCCUUGAACGUGCUGCUACUUGAAGCAGGCGUCGACCCUUCGAACAACCCGAACGUCAAGACUUACCCACCACUCUUCUCUCUACUGGGCUCCGACAUCGACUGGAAAUAUUCCACUACCCCCCAGCCAAACACCGGGAACAGAAUUCACUCCGUCCACGCUGGGAAGGCCCUCGGGGGUGGGACUACGAUCAACUUCGGCGGCUGGAGUCGAGGAGACUCGGCCGACUACGAUCUCUGGGCGAGAACUGUCAGAGACCAGCGAUGGGGAUACCAGGGCCUUCUGCCCUACUUCCGCCGGUCGGAGUCAUUCUUCGAUCGCACGGCCGACGUCCAGGAGCAUGGCUUUGAGGGCCCUGUGCGUGUAUGCGCAGUGUCUGCAAGUGAUCCCAACAGGCAAUAUCCGAUGCGAGGGCCAGUCCGGGAUGCGUGGAUUGAGAUUGGUGAACAAUACAACCCUGCACCCGGAACUGGCCGAUUGUCCGGGGUGGUGGAAUUCCUCGAAACCUGGCAAGGCGGAGAGCGUCAGGCUGCACACCAGGCCUACAGUCUUGAUGGUUUACAGUGUAUCACCGGGGCGAGAGCUCACAAGGUAGAGGUUAGUGGGCCAGGGAACAUUGUGUCUGGAGUCCUCCUUGCAGAUGGCCGUCGCUUUACAGCGCGAAAGGAAGUCAUCCUGGCAGCUGGAGCACUGCGUACGCCCCAGCUUCUAAUGUUGUCCGGAAUCGGGCCAGGGGACACCCUGGCCAAGCACGGGAUUUCGUCUGUCGUUGAGGCACCCGAGGUUGGCAGGAACCUCAUCGACCAUUUUGCGCUCUAUCAGUUGUACAAGCUGCGCGAGCCAGAACGUGGCAUUGCGCUAGGGAGCUCCAAGCUCUCUCACCCAGCUCUUACCCAAGGCUUUCCCGUUGACUGGGCCGUCAACCAAAGAGUCCCCCGGGAUGUGCUUGACCCGGCCGUGCAGAAGGACAAGGAACGAUUUGGUUCAAGCACCGAUGAAUCGGUCUUGAUCCCGGGUCGACCUCUUGUCGAGACAUUGAUUCUGUACGCCCCGAUCGGCAUGCCCACCGAUGGCAGCCUCCUCAUGACGUCGGUCAUGCUCCUCUCCGCAACGUCUCGUGGCACCGUCAGUAUCAGCUCAGCCUCGCCGAGCGAUCCGCCCCUCGUCGAUUCCAACUACUACGAUACGGAAACAGACCGGGCAGUGCUUACUUACGGUUCUCGCCGUACAGCAAAAGCUCUGUUGGAAACCUCAGCUCUCAAAAAUUACGUGGAAUGCGAGGUGCCCCCACCGGACAUGCCAGCUCUGACGUCGCAGUCCUCUGACGAGGAGUUCGACGCUCGUAUUAGAGCUACGGGAAUGGCUCAUCACCAUCCUGCGGGCACAGCCGCCAUGGGUAAGGUUGUCGACACGGAGCUGCGCGUGAUUGGGGUUCGGAAUCUGCGGGUGGUGGACGCUAGUAUCCUUCCCGUCAGCAUAGGGGGUCAUCCGCAGGCGACUUUAUACGCCGUUGCGGAGCAAGCUGCAGAUCUUAUCCUGCAGGCUGACGUGGAGAAAGCAUAG